AUGCCAAUUACGAACCCGACUGUGGCCUUUCCCGUCCUUGGAUGUAUAUUCGCCCUCGCGGUUUUGGUCGUGCAAUUCUUCAUCGGUAAAAACGACCAGGGACCCACGCUGAUGCCCGAAUUUGUCCGCCGGCUAUGGGGCUUACAGCCGUUCUUUUCAGUAUCCUCGUUGCUAUUCUGGAUCUUAUCGAAGACCAAGGUACGUGGCGAGGCCCAAGGAGUCCUCUAUACAAUGGCCCUAUGUCUGGUGCCGUACUCGAUCCAGUGUGGCGAUUUCGACUUUCAGCUUCUCCAGUUCGUCUUUACCAGAAGCCGCCCACUGGACUUUUUUGGCGGCCAGGGGAAGGUUGUACUUUGCAAACAGCUCGUCAAUGCCCGUGGCGACAUCGGUGCACUUGACGACGAUUCCUGA